GUAAUCAAGCUCUCACAUUGCACUCUCAAACAUGGCUGAGGUGAAGCUACAUGGAACAUGGUAUAGUCCAUUUCUUUACAGAGUGAUAUGGGCUUUGAAACUAAAGGGUAUAUCAUAUGAAUACAUUGAAGAAGAUCUGUCCAACAAAAGUCCUCUGCUUCUGCAGUAUAGUCCUGUGCACAAGAAAAUCCCAGUACUUGUUCACAGUGGAAAACCAAUUUGCGAGUCCAUGAUAAUCAUUGAAUAUAUUGAAGAGAAAUGGCCACAGACUCCCUUGCUGCCAAGUGACCCUUAUGAGAGAGCCAAGGCUCGAUUUUGGGUUAAAUUUUUUGAAGAAAAGGCUCCUGCAAUUUGGCCACUAUACCGAUCCACUGGCGAGGAAAAAAAGAAGGCCCUGAAGGACAGUUUGGAAAUGCUGAAAAUUGUGGAAGAGCAGGGUCUAGGUGAGAAGAAAUUUUUCGGUGGAGAGAGCAUUGGUAUUGUGGACAUAGCAUUUGGAGCGAUUGCUCACUGGUUUGGAGUCUUUGAAGAUGUAGUUGAAGUGAAAGUGCUUGAGGCCCAUGCAUUUCCUCGCUUGCAUGCAUGGAAAGAGAAUUUUGAGGAAGUUCCUGUAAUCAAAGAAAAUCUUCCUGAUCGUGAUAAAAUGUUAGACCAUUUCAAGAAGAGGCGUAUGGAAAUUUUGUCUGCAUCUCAGUGAAACUUUAGAUCAAAUGUGUUUUGGCCCCUCUUGUCUUUGUCAUUAAAGUUUAAAGCUUAUUUGAUAUGGAAGUGUAUUAUGUUUGUAUUGAUCAGCCUCUUUUAUGGUUAGGUGUGUGUCUGUACUGUUAUUUGGAACAAUAAAGAUUGAGAGGUUUUUUUGUUUUUAAUCAAUAAAGAGAGGCUGUUGGUUGUUUACA